AUGACAGAAAUCAUGGCCAAACCAUCGUCUGGGGAUUCCGCCACCGAGAAUCUGCGGAGACGGAAUGCUCCUAUUCGGGCGAAUACCCAGGAAGAUGCCAGAAAGGCUGUACUCGAGCUGAAUGCCCUCGAGGAGAAAGAGGCCAAAGAUGAAAAGGACCGCAAGACUUUUGGUCGUACUCCGGACGGCACUGUAUUCACUGUUCCACACACCCAUGACAUGGUUUCUCAGCUCCUGUCUCCCAAGGAGCCCAAGAACUUGUCUGACAUCUCUGUGCUAUUGAUCCUGCUGCUCCACGGUCUUUUGGCCUGGUGGCUACCCUCGACCAUCAGGAAACCAGUUCUUGCUGCGCUCUUCUUGAGCUGGCGAGCCGGCUACAAUAUCGGCAUUGGCUAUCUUCUUCACAUGCAAUCCCAUCAUAAGCUGCUGGUCAGGUGGGCCAGGAAAUCGAAGCUGUUUCCGGUUGCCUCCAAUGGCGAAAAUCCGCAUCCUAAACUGCGUGCGUUUAUCAAGAGAGAACUGGAAACCAAAAUUCCCAAGGACUAUGACUUCGACACUGCCCCCCUCGAGUACAAUACGUGGUUGGUCUUUCGCCGCCUCGUCGACUUGAUUCUCAUGUGCGACUUCACCACCUACAUGCUGUUCGCCCUGUCUUGCGCUCAUAUCCCAGCUACCGAGUCCAUUCUCCUGACAGCACUUCGUUGGAUUGUCGGCAUGUCCCUGUUCGUCUUCAACAUAUGGGUCAAAUUGGAUGCACAUCGCGUGGUCAAAGACUUUGCUUGGUAUUGGGGUGACUUUUUCUUCCUCAUUGAUCAAGAGUUGACAUUUGAUGGAGUUUUCGAGAUGGCGCCUCACCCAAUGUAUAGCAUUGGCUAUGCCGGUUUCUAUGGAAUCUCCUUGAUGGCGGCCAGCUAUAAAGUCCUCUUUAUCUCAAUCAUUGCCCAUGCCGCUCAAUUUGCCUUCCUAGUGAUGGUUGAGAGCCCGCACAUUGACCGCACCUACAACUCCCCACCCCCACGACGAGCCAUCAACGAGUUACCAGCAGCAGCGCAGAUGGAGAAGUCUUUGGCUGAGCACAGCACUACGGCAGAGGCAUGGCCCAGUCCGGCUCAUGCGCAACCGUCUCAAACACACAAUCUGCUCGGCAUCCAUAACAUAGAUCUUUAUCGAACUACAGAUACUGCAGUCUUUCUUUUACAAUUCUAUCUGUUUGCCCUGACGGUCGUCACGCCCAACACAAGGUUUUACCAGACACUUUUCGUCAUCAAUGCCGCCAUUUGGCGGAUUUGGUAUUCCGUGGGUAUCGGCUAUUUGUUGAAUCGGCAAUCGUCCAAGAAAAAAUGGACUCGUCACUUUCUGAAGUACGGAGAGAGCACGGGCGAAGCAUGGAGACAAUGGAAAGGCAUCUACCAUUUGAGCAUGACUCUGUGCUAUUCGAGCUUUGCCGCCGCUGCCUGGAAGAUGUACCAUCUUCCCCUGAACUGGAAUGGCGGGAUGGCUCUGCCCAAGCAUGUCAUCGGACUAGGGUUGAUUGCUCUCCAAUUUUGGGUUUCAUUCAGCAUCUACGACCAACUUGGAGAGUUUGGGUGGUUUUUUGGAGACUUCUUCUUCGACCACUCCUCUAAGUUGACCUACGGUGGCAUCUAUCGUUUCCUCAAUAACCCAGAGCGAGUCCUUGGAACGGCGGGAGUCUGGGGCAUAGCCCUGAUUACGAGCAGUAAAGCGAUGUUCUGCCUCGCCCUGCUGAGCCACACUUUAAGUCUAGCAUUUAUCCAAUUUGUGGAGAGGCCGCAUAUGCAAAAGCUUUACGGCAGGAGCCUUCGACAAGAUGCUGGACUAGUCAGGAGUCUUCGGAGAUCACUUCCACCACCUUUGCGACAAUGGCAAGAUGGAAUGGACAAAAUGUUGGCUGACGCUUUUGACACCCUGGAAGAAUUCUUUGACGCGGCCAAACCCAAACUUGCGGCGGGUGUGACCAGCAUUGUUGAGGAUACGAAGAGCCUGUUACCGAAGAAUCCACAUCGUUUGACCAUGACAAGGGUGGAGCCGGAGCUUGCUGGGUUGAAUCCGAAGGACUAUAAGCUGGAUAUCGAGGGGACCCCGGCAUCCUCCCUCGCUCAUUCUCAACGCUCGAGUGAUAGAGAGUCUGAACAAGGCAGACUUCCCGCAGAACGCACAAGUGACUUCAAGCCCCUCCUUUUUGAGUACGGCGCCCCCAUCAAAGUCAGAUGGACCGCACCGCUCAACCAUGGGAAGAAAGACUGGAUCGGUCUGUAUAUGGUGUCAGAUAACAACUCGCGCGAAGUUACAAGACUAUCCUCGUCGGGAAGAUGGAUCGCCACGAAUCGCGACGAGUAUGAACUCCUCAAUUCCGAAGUCGGCAUCAUAUCCAGCGACGUCAGGAGCACGAUGUCAACUGAGAGUGGCGAGAUCAAGGAAUGCUUUACUGGGGAAAUGCUCUUCUCAGGCGACAAGUUAUGGUGGACUCAAGGCGUCUUCGAAUUCCGAUAUCACCACAAUGGUAAGCACAAUGUCAUGGCAAUCUCUCUGCCAUUCGAAGUACGUAUCCCUCGCUUCAGCGACGACGAGCUCGAGUCCUUCGACACCAGCAUUUCUAUGCAGACUCCCGUGUCUCUUCAAAGUGACGCAAUCAUUCGCCACACCAUUGAAAGCGUUCUGUUGCCGAUCGUCCAGAAUUGCUUUGACCGCGACCCGGAGAUUGCGCCACGCACAGUCCACGAACCAUUUGGCAGCCUCGUCGAUCGGGAUGGAAAAUAUGCCAAGCGUGUAGUCUAUGUCAUCCACCAGAUGUUUGGGAUUGAAUUCGCGCCAGAGGUCGUCAAAGCUGACGGGAAAGUCGAGAAUCUGGCGUGGCGGAUCUGGGAGGCAAAGAAGGUAUUGGCGCCGUUUACUAUGUCAAGAUCGAAAGGGCCCGGAACGCCGGUUGAGGUUGAGGUCGGAGGUUGA